CUGCACAUUGGACAGACACUCAGUUACACUUGUACAAAAGCCUACUGGGUUAGCUAACCUUUCUUUUCUCUGUCUCUUCCCCUUUGUUAAAAUGCUGGAGACGCUGUUUUUCUCCUUACUGCUGACAUGCGCAUGUGCCAAAGAUACAGUUCUCCCUCGCCUGAACGACACUAAAGCGGUUGAGGCCUUUGUAGACUCUGCAGAAGUGGUGGUGGUUGGAUUUUUUCAGGGAGAAGACAGUCAAGGAUAUAAGGAACUGCUCGCUACUGCAAAAAAAGUUGAGUCAGUCCCUGUGGCCAUUUGCAGUGUGAAAGAGGUUUGGGCUGACUACAGCGUCUCCACGAACACCAUCACUCUCUUCAGAAAGGCAGAUAACCACCAAGAAAACCUCGUCGUUGCUGAGGUCAAAAAGCUGGACACAGAUGGACUGGUGAACUUUGUUAUGAUCAACGAAGUCCGUUACAUCACAGAAUAUAACCAAGUGACAGCAGUGGGUCUGUUCAACUCUGAGGUACAAACACACCUGGUCAUCUUCGCCAAAAGGACCAGUAAAGAGUACAACGAACUGAAGGAGAAACUGGGAGCUUUGGCCCCAGAGUUCACAGGCAAGUUCUUGUUUGUUCUGAUCAAUGGAGCGCUAAAGUCCAACUCCCGCUCACUUGGCUACUUUGGUCUCGAGUCCAAAGACCUCCCGCGAGUUGGCAUCUAUGACGGCAGCUCAGACAUGAAAUGGCUUCUUCCAGAGGGCGAGAUCACAGCGGAGAGAGUGCGCGACUUCUGCCAGUCCUUCAUACGUGGAGAGCUCAAGGAUGUAAAACAGGCUGGAGAGACAAAACCAAAGACUGAACUGUAACACUCAUCAGGAUGUACAUUAAAACUAUCAGAAUAAUAAAUUGUAUAGACAUGCACUGUGUUUUUCCAUAACAUUCAGUCA